AUGAAAUUAACAAUCUUAAGUGCAAUUUUCUUGUCUAGUGGAGCUCUCGCAGCUGAUUCUUCUGACAUUGCUUUCAUAACCAAAUUAGUAAGUGAUGCUAAGGCUCAUGCCAAAGACUACCUUGGAUAUGUUCAGACUGCCUCAAGCGUUCCAGCUGAAUUUACUUCCUUGGCCAAGGAAGUGAUGACCUACAAGGACGAUUCUUACACUACAUUGAUCAGCGACAUCAACGUGAAUCAAUUAGAAUCAUUUGCUUCAAAAUUGCCAUGGGCUACAAGAUUGGAUCUCGGCGGUGGCUCAUCAGGGGGCUCCUCUUCUGAGAGUGGAUCUGAAAGUUCAUCCGGAUCAUCGGCGUCGACUUCAAGUACAGCAAGUGAAUCGGAAAGUUCUUCUGGUGCUGCAGGCUCACUCAUUCCCGUCGGAGGCAGCUUCUUAUUUAUGCUUGCGGCCUUGAUCUAA